AUGACAGAUAGAUACAGUUUUUCAUUAACAACUUUUUCACCAAGUGGAAAACUUGUGCAAAUUGAAUAUGCUUUAGCAGCAGUGAACCAGGGAGUAACAUCUAUUGGUAUUAAAGCCAGAAAUGGGGCUGUUUUAGUAACUGAAAAAAAAAGCAAUUCUCCACUUGUUGAACAAGAUACAAUUGAUAAAAUAUCCUGUAUCACGCCGAAUAUUGGCAUGGUAUAUUCUGGUAUUGGGCCAGAUUUUCGGAUUUUAGUAGAUAAAGCACGGAAAGUUGCACAUACCAAUUAUAAAUUGAUUUAUAAUGAAUAUCCGCCAACACGUAUACUUGUGCAGGAAGUAGCUAAAAUAAUGCAAGAAGCAACUCAAUCAGGGGGUAUACGUCCCUUUGGUGUAUCUAUACUAGUAGCGGGAUGGGAUGAACAUAAUGGGCCGUCUUUAUAUCAAAUUGAUCCAUCUGGGACAUAUUUUUCGUGGAAAGCAACAGCAAUUGGAAAAUUUGCAACAUCAGCAAAAACAUUUCUUGAAAAAAGGUACAAUGAUCAGCUUGAGCUCGAAGACGCAAUUCACAUUGCUCUUCUUACUUUAAAAGAAGGAUUUGAGGGUGAAUUAUCAGAGAAUACUAUAGAAAUAGGUAUUGUUGGAUUAUCUAUGACUGAUGAUUUUGAAGCAGAAGAUGCAGAUAAGCCUUAUUUUCAAUUUAGAAAGCUUAAAAAAAGUGAAGUUCUUGAUUAUUUGGAGCAAAUUUGA